AAGAAAGAAAGAGUGUGUGAGUGCGGUGUGUGUGUAAUAAAUGAGUGAGCGAGUGAGAAAGAGGAUAUGCGUGAGAGGAAGAGAGAAAGAGUGGAGACGAAAAAAAGACGCCGUCGACCUUCGGUUUUACAAAAUGGUGCGAGGAGAGCUUAACGCGGUCGAGCGGGCAAGUGAGUGCGCGCACGCGCUCUACACCAAUCGUCAGGCUCUCUCCUCGAACGGGCGAUUCUCUCCCGAGGCAUCCCGCCGCAGCCAGGGGUUCACGUCGCAGCGUUACCCGGGUAACGCCUCGAGCACAGUGUCGCCUUCUAUCGGGACCGCAUACGUUCGUCGCGCGGUUCUUCGAGGCCUGCGCAGGAGCCUCGACGUAUGCGGUAACUGUGCGGCACCGGCCGAUAUUCCGAACGUCGCGUUAAACAAGUGAUAUUGUGUCCCGCUAGUAAAGGGACAGACAUCCAUAGAAGAGGUCGGAGUAGAGAGUCGCGUCGCGAGUGCCAACGAAUCGGCCGGCGAUGUGCCCUGCCUUCUGCCGCCGUCACGAGGGCGAUGCCUACAAGGAUGAUGCUCGUUCACGUGGCACGGGCCGAAUCCUAUCGACCACGGAUUUGUCCGGUCGGUUAAGCGUUGAUGUUAAAUUGACGCGCCACAUCCGCUGUCGCCGCGAGUGCCACUGUUGCCGACGCGGCGGGUCACUCGGGCCGUACACCCGGAGACAAGCGCGCGACGUCGCAAUCGCGAUCGUCUACAUUGCGACGUCCGAUUCUCGCGGUUCGUGACCCCGGGGUCGUCGGCGAUUCCGCGCGCGCGCCCGUCCGCCGAUAAUCUUGAGUUUCCCUCCCGCGGAACUCUGAUCGCGAUUUAACUCGCGUGCGGAAUCAUCCGCGGCACGCAUGGAUCUCAUGGACACGCGGUCAGUCGAGUCUUAAGGACGUGCUUCUGACGCAUCCAAUGGUCUUUCGGCGCGUUUGCGGCAGGUUGGAACAUUGUCCUUACAGAUGCGGCGUAUGAAGGAUUAAAUAUCAAUCCCUGCAUUACUGCACUGGUGUGCCUAGGUGACAAGAUUUUUUUUUUGCUCUAUCUUCGUCUUCCAUCUUGUAUCUUUACUUAUAAGAGAUGUCGUCACGAGAUUAUGACAGAAGAAGAGGCGGUAGCAGUAAUUCAAGCAGGUUACGAAUGGAUACGAGCGUAUCACAAUCCAGGCCACAUGGUGAAAGUUCGAGCAAGCGGAAAGAGAUUGACAAUGUGAUGCGAAAGGCACGCGAAUCGCAGUCGAGCUACUGGAAUAAAAAGCUAUUGGAAGCGGAGGAGCGAGAUCCAAACAGAUGGCGUCACAGUGGAUACAAGGAGUUGUACGUUGGCAGCAGCAGCGAACCUAGCAGAGGACACCCCAAGAGUCCAAGAAGUCCGAGAUCUCGUAGUCCCCAUAGUCCACGACCGCGCAGUCCUCGAACGAGAAGUCCACGAUCGCCGCGUGAACGUACUUCCCGCGAGCACAAUAAAAAUAGACCGGCCACCCGCAGCUCUAGCACGGGUAGUACCUGUUCCGAUAGAUCAUGCUCCGUUUGCUCGCCGAAAGAGCGACGGCGCGUCGCACCGCCAUCUCGCUCGCACUCGAGAUCAAUCAGUCCGGUACGAACUAGGGCACAUCCCAAAGAGGUAAUCGCGUCCAGUUCGCGAGCCUUACAGCCGCGCACGAGACCACGGUCGCCACCUCUACCGCGACCACGUACACCACCGCCGGCACCACAACCGCAGCUGCGUCAUCAAAAGGAUUACAAGAACAUCAAGGAGAAAGAAACCAAGGUUCGCCGUAAAGAAAAGCAUCACAGCAGAUUACCAGAGGAUCCGCGAGUACCAGAACCUAUAUCAUUGAUACGUAAACCAGUAAAAGUAGAAAAAACACAUACAAGUCAUGGAACAUCGAUAAUGCGGCCUCCACCGGAAUCUUCACCUAGCGACGAUAGCGACAGUUCCUCGACUACAUCUCAUGUCGGGCCACCAAAAAUGACAUUAUCUGAACGAUUUGGUAAAAUGGCGCAAUGGAGCGUGGAUCGCAGGGACAUGGAAAAUAUGCGCAUCACAAAAGAUGGCGAAAAUGCAAUGAAAGUCGUCAUAGAAGGUGAGGAGAGAAUUGCACGUCUAGGAUACGAUUCGCCACCUCCUGGGCAUUAUCCCGAAUCGCUUCUGGCACAAGGACCAAGAGGUUUGGAGUGUUGGGAUGAUGUGCGUGUGCGAUAUGAUUAUUACAAGGCAAGGGGAUACCUACGUGACCUCACUCUUGAUGAUUAUAUUAAAUGGGAAGAAUGGUGGUACAAGUAUCAGGAAUGGCUUGAAGCUGAACGUUUCUACGAGCAGUGGGCCUCGUCAAAUCGUUCGUCUGGCGGUACUCGCAAGAGACGAGGACGACGCAAUAACGCUACUCAUUAAAAUACGCAACACAAAUCUCUGUUACAACUUACGCUCGACUUAUUGACAAAAUAUACAGUGAUAUCUAUAGAAUAUACAAGAAAUAUGUAUGUACGUAUAAGCUAUGUAUCGUAAUAAAAAGGAUGAUUGCAAAACAAGAAA